UGUGGACGUGCGGACUCAGAGCUGUCAUCUGAAAGAGAUUUAAACUUCUCCGUAUCUGUGGACUUCUUUUUUCUUCAGACACCCCCCACCCUCCAACGAGGAACCAAUCUGCCUGUGUGCAACCUAAAGGAAAGCUGUUUUAGAUCAGAUGUGAGUUUCUGUUUAACAGCUGACUGGGACAGAGUGUUUUAGCUGUGCCCCUCUGCAUGCAUGGAUUCUGAUCAAUGGAGGCUGUUGCUCUGAGGUCACAGAUCAUCAUUUCAAACCAGCAUCAUCGUCUGUAGCCCAGAAGGGGUGCCUUGACUUCACAACAGUUCAGACGCCUUCUGUUCAAGGAGCCUGGAGCUGCAGGACUAGUGAGAGAGAGAAGAAGAAAAUAAGCGGGUGUUCUAAAAGACGCUCUUCAUGAAUUCACCAAAAACCUGAAGGGAAAUACUGCAAGUUGGCUGGCAGAUCUUAGGAGGCAUGUGGACAAUGACUAUGGCUUGUUUCCGUCUCCCCACCUUGACUGUCCUUCUGUUUGGUUGCUUUCAUACAGCUGUCAUGGAAAAUGAUGUAACUCCACGCCUCACCUUUUCAUACAAUGCAAAGGAGAGAUUAACCAAAAGCUUCUCAGUCAGCGGGGUCUUCAACUUUACCUCUCUCCUUCUCAGUAGUGAAGACAGCAUGCUGUAUGUUGGCGCUCGGGAGAGUCUGUUCGCUCUCAGCCUCUCUGAUAUCAGCGCAGUCACGCUGCAGAGAAAUCUUGCAUGGAAAACCCCAGAGAGGAAGAGAGAAGAGUGCAGUUUCAAAGGCAAAGACCUGCAGACGGAUUGCUUCAACUACGUCAAAAUCUUACUACGUAUGAACAGCACUCAUCUGUAUGUUUGUGGAACCUAUGCCUUCAGCCCCAUCUGUGCUUACAUAAACACUACUGACUUCUCCCUUGUCAAGAGUGAUACUGGUGAAAUUGUUACAGAGGAUGGACGGAGCCGCUGCCCAUUCAACCCUGAAUACAAGUCCACUGCCAUCAUGGCUGAUGGAGAGCUGUAUACUGGCACAGUCAGUAAUUUCCAAGGAAAUGAACCCAUCAUUUACAAGAGUCUAAGCCAAGGAACAGCUCUAAAAACAGAAAACUCACUAAACUGGCUUCAAGAUCCAGCCUUUGUUGGCUCUGCCUACAUACAGGAGAGCCUUCCCAAGGGCAACCUGGUGGGCGAUGACGAUAAGAUUUACUUCUUCUUCAGUGAAGCGGGAAAGGAGUUUGAUUUCUUUGACAACACCAUUGUGUCACGCAUUGCUCGCGUGUGUAAGGGUGACGUUGGAGGCGAGAGGGUGUUGCAGAAGAAAUGGACGACUUUCCUGAAGGCUCAGCUCUUGUGUUCUCUGCCUGAUGACGGCUUUCCCUUCAACAUAAUCCAGGACAUGUUUGUGCUCACACCCAGUCCUGAAGACUGGAAGAACACAGUGUUUUAUGGAGUCUUCACAUCUCAGUGGUACAAAGGUGCAUCAGGAAGCUCUGCAGUGUGCUCCUUCACUAUGGACCAAGUAGAAAAGGCGUUCAAUGGGCGAUAUCGUGAGGUUAACCGAGAAACCCAGCAGUGGUACACAUAUAACCAUCCGAUCCCAGAGCCUCGGCCUGGAGCGUGUAUAACGAACGCUGCCAGAAAACAGGGCAUCUCCUCCUCGUUGCUCAUGCCAGACAAGGUGUUGAAUUUUGUCAAAGACCACUUUCUGAUGGAUGGCGUGAUCCGGAGCCAGCCUCUGCUACUGAAACGCAACGUUCGCUACACGCAGAUUGCUGUCCACCGCGUCCAAGCAGCUAAAAAGGCAUAUAAUGUGCUCUUUAUUGGCACAGAUGAUGGCAGACUUCAUAAAGCCAUUAAUGUCAACAAGAAGAUGCAUAUUAUUGAAGAGAUGGUGCUCUUCCGUGAUUCUCAACCGGUGCAGCACAUUGAGCUGGACGCCGAAAAGGGUCAGCUUUAUGUUUCCUCUUUCUCUGAACUGGUGGAGGUCUCAGUAGCUAACUGCACUAAUUAUCAGAGCUGUGGGGAGUGCAUCCUCUCCAGGGAUCCUUACUGUGCCUGGAAUGGGAAGCAAUGUGUAGAUGUCAGACGUGCGCCGCCAAACAAUGCCUGGCGGCAGGAUGUAGAUGAAGCAGACACAUCAGCUAUUUGCAAUAAGACUGUGCCAAGCCGACGGUUUGCCAGCCCUCCACCUACACGGAUGUCAUCAUGCCAGGUGAUCAUUAUCCCAGCCAACACGUUCAAAGUACUGCCUUGCAAGCUGCGCUCUAAUUUGGCUGAAAGAAGGUGGGAGUUCAGUGAGAGCGCAGGUCACUUCCAUUACCCCAGCCCGGAGGGGGGACUGGUGGUGGUAGCUCAAGCAGACAGGCAGGAAACAUACGAGUGCUGGUCAGUGGAGGAGGGCUUCAGGCAGCUGCUGGCAAACUACUGUGUGAGAGGCGAAGCCAAGCAGGAGAGCACCACCUUGACAGGCCGUUCACGUACGCCACAGAUCUCACAGGAGGAAAUUAUCAUCCUGCCAGGGGAGGCCCGCUCACCGCAGAUCAACACAAAGACCUACUGGAAUGAGCUGAUCAUCGUAUGUGCCCUCCUGGUGUUUUCCCUGGUAGUCUUCUCCCUGUUUGUGGUUUACAGGAACCGUGACCACAUGAAGUCUAUGCUGAAGGAGGGAGAGUGCCCCAACAUGCAGCAGAAGAAGCCCAGAAUAGUGGGGAAACCAGCUGAAAACUUGCCGCUCAACGGCAACACAGUAACAACAUCAGUUUCAGAUCAUAAGGGGUACCAGACUCUUAAUGACAACUACAUCUGCAGCACUCCACCGCAUGAGUGCUCGUCACCUGAUAACAGCAAGAGCUUCUCUGAAUCGGAGAAGAGGCCUCUGAACUUAAGAGAGAGCCACGUGGAGAUUUCUCCCACAUGCCCCCGGCCUCGAGUCAGGCUGGGCUCUGAGAUUAAAGACUCUAUAGUGUGAGGUGGGCUUCAUGUUAUAUGGAGUGACUCCUUUUGAACUCAAAGGAACGAGUGCACUUGUUGAGAAAGACAAAACAUAAGAGGGAAAAAGCAGCACUCUCACGGAGAGGUUACACAGAUUUUGCACUUUCUCUCUCUCUCCUUUUUUUUUUUUAUUCUGUCAGUGUGGUCCAUGUGCAUUUUAUUUCAUUUCCCUCUCACCUUCUUAUUCAAGUGCAUUUUAGAGCACACUGAAGAAGCUCUGGCUGGCCUUCAGACUUUCACAUAUGGCUCACAGGAAUGUAACGAGCGUUGGGGAUGGCAUCAUAACCGCGAUUUAGCGACCAAAUUUCAGAGCGUCGCCUUUCAGUCCGUCCAUGUGACAUGCUGGUAGUGCUUUGAAAGGCAGGGUGAUACUCGGAAUAUGUUGCCAUGACGCCUGACACAGCGUUUGCUGUUUUAUUUUCAUUCUGUCAUCCAGUGAGAGUCUAGCCUUCACUGAGGUUGUGCACUAUGUACUGUACUGUAGCAAGGUAAACCAGAAUACACACGAACAAGUCAAUGACAGGCAAGAUAUUAAAAAAAAAAAAAAAAACCCUGUGUACAUUCAUUAUUUUAGAGCUAAAUCCAA